GCGCCCAAAUCUGGGGCGCGCAGGCACAGCGCCGGCCCGCGCUUUGGAUCCCGAAUUCGUCGAUGGCUUCGACCCGGAGUUCCGGAUCGAGCCUCCGAGUGAGGACAGCGCGGCGAAGAAAUUGGUUUAUGGCAAAAAGCGUCCCAGUUUGCACAGAUUCGAUACUCCGGACCUUUGGGAGCAGCAGAUGAUGCUGGAAGCAGACGCAGAUUUCAAGGAAACCGCUGUGCCGAAAGUGCAAACGACACCAGAGGCAGUCGCACAAGCGAUACAGGCAGCGCAAGUUUCGCAUGGCACACAUGCCGUUGCGACACCAGCACUUGAGGGCGAGAGCCGUGCGGCUCCGGAGCUCAAGGAGGCUUUGGCUCUACCCGCUCAGUCGGCUGCGCCGAUGAAUUUUGGCCAAGUGGCCAUGCUCCUCGUUGCUCCAGUGGUAUGCCCCCCACUGCAAGUGUCGCCCGUGUCAUCGCCCUCCGCACCGAGCCGUGGACCGCCACAGGACGUUCCCGAUCAGCCUCGGUUGCUGGGGAGAGUAGCCUCACCUCGCCCGGAGGGCGCUGAGAAGCCGCGCGGCGUGGUGGAGGCUGACCAAACACUCGUGCCAGGUGCAUUGGAUCAGAUCACGACGGAGACUGGGAGCACCAAGAUUCGGUGGUGCGUGGAUGGGCAGAAGCUGGAGUCACACGCGGAAAAGCUGAUAAGCCCUGAGUUCAAAUUAGGUGUGCCAGGGCAGGAGAGUCAGCCUUUCCGCAUCAUGAUCCUGGCGAAUCAGACCGGGGGCAAGCAUGGCGCUGGUUUUAAGAAGGCCAAAGGCCGCAGCACCAUCGAGAUCAAGUGCCUGGGCUCCUUCGAGGGCCCCGCCACGGGCAUGUUGGUGACGGUGGGCUUUGGCAGCCGGAAACAGAAGGCCCGGGAGCUGGUGAGGCACAGCUUCGCGGAGAAGAGCUGCUGCCCCCUGCCCAAGGGCAGGGACCCGGUCUGGGAUUUGAAGGCGGCCUUGUGUAAGGAGACCAAAUGCGUGGACAUUUGUAUAGAGAUCCUGCCAUUUCUGUAAUUCAGCGCCUGCGAACGACAGGCAGAAUUGAGAAGUCUCACUCGCACUCUACCUGGCACAGGGGUCCUUCUGUCCUUUUUGGGUGAU